GAACCUCACCUUGAAACAGUUACGGCUGUGUUUAUUAAACCCACCAUCAACUCCCAUUUGGAAGAUACAUAUCAGCCAUGCGGUACGCUGUCCUUGUAACGGGUCCUGCUGGUGCAGGAAAAUCGACUUUCUGCGGUGCAAUGAUGACCCAUAUCGCCACUUCGAAGCGCACUGCACAUCUAGUCAACCUCGACCCUGCCGCUGCACCGGAGAGCUUCGAGUAUGCACCAUCUAUAGACAUCAAGGACCUCGUUUCGCUCGAGGACGUAAUGGGAGAGCUGGGAUAUGGACCGAAUGGUGGUCUGGUGUAUUGUUUUGAGUAUCUAUUGGAGAACAUGGACUGGUUUGAAGAGGAAUUGGGUGAAUACGACGAUGACUACCUGAUCAUUGACUGUCCCGGCCAGAUUGAGCUAUACACUCACCAUCCAUUCCUUCCCACCCUCGUUAAAAACUUGAGUCGCCUUGGUAUGCGCACAUGCGCCGUGUACCUUCUUGAAUCGCAAUUCAUGGAAGACAAGUAUAAAUUCUUUAGUGGUGUCUUGUCUGCUAUGUCCGCCAUGGUGAACCUUGAAGUACCUUGGAUCAACAUCAUGUCGAAAAUGGACCUCGUCACUGGUAGCUCCGAGGAUCCUGCUGGUGGACGCAACGGCAUCCGAACGCGACGUAAUAUUGCACAAUAUCUCGAUCCGGAUCCUCUACUUCUCGCCGCGCCCCGGGGACGUGAAGAUGCAAGGGGUCUAGAGAAUCCCAAAUUCCAUGCACUGAAUCAAGCACUUGUGCAGCUGAUUGAAGAUCACCCGCUUGUCUCAUUCUUGCCACUCGAUCUGACAAGCCCGGACUCGAUCGAACUUGUACUCAGCAGUAUCGACUAUAGCAUGCAGUACGGCGAGGACGAAGAACCUAAAGAGCCACAUGAUUUGGAUGCGGGCGAUUUUCCGGAUGAACCUUAGGAAUGGUAGCGGUGUUUUUCUUUGACCCGCCAUGCAGCUAUCAACUGGGGAGGCUAUUGCGAAGGCAAUGUCUUUAGCCUUGGCGCGCCUGUGAUGCGUGAACUGUCAAUAUGGGAAAAAAGAUGUACACCCUAGGCAUAGUGGACUGUGCUUGAAAUGGC